AUGGCCCAUGCCUUGGAUUUUGUGCUCAGGCUGCAUUGCCGUUUGUAUGGAAGUUCCUCGUUUGGCUCGGUCUAUGUUCCAGGAGUAGGAGCGAGAGCAGGUGGUUACCAGUUACAGAUUACAGGUCCCCAGUUACUAGUUACUAGUUACUGGUUACCGGUUACCAACUACUCCAAGUGGUCAGCACUUACUCUACGGGCCAAUGGAGGAGGAAUAGAGGGCCUAGGACUACAAGAAGCUGCUAGUGGUCUCCAACCACCACCACCUUUGUUAAUUGUUGCUUGUGACUUUGCUCCUGCUACACGGUUUGCAAAGAUUGAUUUGCCAAGGUCGUUCAUUUCAAUCAAGAAAUUGGUUAGCACCAACAAAAAUGAAGUUCCAGAGAAAAGGACUGAGAACCCCAAAGGAAACUCUGAGAUUCCUAAGUAUGCUUAUCAAUGUGCACGAUUUAAGAGGAAUUAUAAGCUUCGCAAAAGUCUUAGCCCUGCUAAGAAAGCAUAUGAGCUUAGGAAUGGGUUUAAAGCAAGAGUAAGUGCCAAGUUGAUGGAUCAGAAGUCUGAUGACAUGGCGAAAGAACCUAUUCAAGGAAAACUCCUUAAAGUUUAUGGAGGAUGUGUGUGCAUGGUGAAGUAUUCAUUGAUCACUGCCAUUAAGAAACUCAAAGGUGGAGAUCAUCGCCAAGAUGACACAUCAAUCAGGCCCAUGAUAUCCAGGUCGUCGGCAGCUACAGUGGAGAAGAGCGUGAACGAGGCAGUGAAGGCAGGCACCAAAAUUUUAGUUGGUGGUAAGCAAAGGGAAGCUUUCAUGGAGCCAACAAUCCUGGAAGACACUCCCUUUGACACAGAUGCAAGGAAGGAAGAGAUUUUCAAUCCCAUGAUCCUUCUCUACUCAUACAAUGAUUUCAAGGAAGCUGUGAAGGAAGCUAACAACACAUAUUACGGUCUCCAAGCCAGCGUCUUUACAUAUGAUCUAAACAAGGCUGGAGGAGUUUGCCUCAACAAUUCGCCAAGCACGUGCGUUGAUAGUCAGCCAUACGGUGGGAUCAAAGACUCUGGAAUCCAACGAGAGGGUGUCAAGUACACGAUGGACGACAUGCUUGAAACAAAAGUUUUAGUCAUGUGCAAUAUAGGCAAUGCAUCUUACUUUUGA